AUGCGACAUUCAAUUUUAUUUCUUAUGUUUGCAACAGCGCUUGCCUCCCCAAAAAUUAAGUACGAAGAUCUUUCUUCAGAACUGAAACAGUUGGAAGAUGCUAAAACAACGGGUAACGACUUUACUGAAAAUGUCAGUUCUCUGGAAGAUAACAUAGAGGACUAUCUAAAAACGUCUAACUUUUCCUUUAAAGUUCCUAUCAUUGAUUCUACUAUUCUCUUGGAUGCAAGGAAAUUAGAUAGCGACGAAUUAAAUUUGAAAUUUGAUUUCGGCAGUUCCGGUGAUGUUGAAGCUCGCAAAAAAUCCAAGAUUAAGAAAGUUUUUGUUCCCAUAUUGGUGUUCAUCCUUCUUAAAGCAAUGGUCCUUGUGCCACUAGCUUUAGGUAUACUUGGAAUUAAAACCUGGAACGCUAUUCAACUGUCCUUUAUUUCAUUUGUAUCUGCGCUAGUUUUGGCAAUUUGGAAGUUGUGUUCCAAAGUUAAUCAUGACCAUCCACCUGCCAUCAUUCACAACGCUUGGGACCCAUACCAUCAUGAUAGAUCUGAUGCAGCUCAGCAAAUGGCGUACUCCAAUUACGCUCCAUCAUAG